UUCAAGCACUUCAGCGCUGUGCUUUGCUCCUGAAAGGAAACACUGCAGACUUUUCUCUCGGUUUUGCUUCUUUUGCCUGAGACUUCCAGAGAUGGCCUCCAAUGCAGCAGACAACUAUAAUCAUGCAGAUUAUAUGGAUUAUAGUAUGCCAAGUGAGGCACCCAAUCCAGAGUUUGUCUACCUGAUCCGCAUCCGGAUGCUAUACAUCAUCAUGUACCUCAUCAUUUGCACCCUCGGUGUGACUCUCAACUCUUACGUCAUCAUCGCAGGCUGCUGCUUCUACCACAGGGUUCAGAAGUCCGCAGCGAGUGUGUGGGUCCUGGCCCUGGCUGUGACCCACCUGGUCUUCUCUGCAUUCCUGGUGCUGCAGUUCCUCUACGCCUGGUAUCACUUCAACUGGCAUUAUGGAGAGGCCCUUUGCAAGAUCUCAUCCUACAUUAUCUAUGCCAGCAUGUUCUCCACAGCUGCUCUGCUCAGCCUGUGGAGCAUCAGCAGCAGCAUCGGAAGUUGCUUUGAAAGGCUUCGUGCUAAAUGUAACAGUCGUGGCAUGUCCCUGAUCCUGGUUCUGAGCUCCUGGACAUUUGGGGUGAUUUUCAGCAGCCCGUCUCUGCUCUCCAGAGAGCUUCGCUAUACAAAGCUUGGAGAGGAGUGCAUCGACGACUACGAUUUUAAUAAAAAGACGACAACAGACUAUGGCAUGAAAAACUUCACCGCUGUUGUUCUCAGCAGGUUCCUGCUGGGGAUUUUGGUUCCAGUGUUGAUGAUGACCAUCAGUGCCUGUCUGGCACGACGGCAGAGUCAUGAUCAUGGGAGCCUGAAGAGGGUCACCUGUGCAAUAAAGGUGGCUUACUUCAUCUGCUGGACACCGCUGCUUGUUCUGGGGCUCCUUCACAGUAUAGAAAAAAAACAAGAAUCUUUCAACUAUGGAUCACCAGCAGCAACCACGUUGGCUGCAGCUCAUUCUUUCAUCAACCCAGUGAUCUAUCUUUUGCUGGGACGCAAAAUGAAUAUGGAGUGGAUGUACCAAGGUUAGACUGUCCAAAAAUAACACUAGUGAAGGCAGGGCACUCAACACCAUGUAACAAUAGUAGAAUAUGCCUAGACAUAUGGAAGUGGAAAUGGACAUGAACAGACAUUCCAGUACUCCUGGAAAAUACAUUCCUUUCUCGCACCAGGAUUUGAAAAAGAUAAAAAAUUUCAGAACAAAUUUUUUGGUUUAAUAGUACAU